GCUCACUGUUAGAAGUGACGUGAAAGCCGCAGGUCGUGUAUCGCGUGUUACUUCGCGCCGUCGACUUUUGUGGAGAAGCACAAUAUCGAGUUUCGUUUUGCUCCUGUUUGAGCCUUUGUAAAUAUUGUAGUUUUGAAGUUGAUCAAAUUGAUUCAUAAAAAGUCAAAGAUUAAUCAGAGCGCGUUUUCGGUCGAGUAGGCGACGACCAAAAGAUCGUUUCGUCCGGUCAGAGAAGAAGUGCAUAAGAGCAGAGUGAAAGGUGAAGAAGAGGGUGCAAAGCCAAAGAAAACAGGUGAAGAAAAGAAGAGCAAAGAAGAAAAGAGUCUCGCGGAGAAGCCUCUGGCCAAAGAAGGAGACACGAGACACAGUCCGCCAGCCCCAGCAGCAGCACUAGAGCGUCGCGCCGUCUGUGUCUGUGUGUGAACGUGCGUGCGUGCAUCCAAGUUGUGAGUGUGUGUGUGUGUGUGUUUGCACGUCACUGCGCUGUCACACCGUAGUGAAGGUUGGAGUUAUUGUUGUUGUUUCUCGGUGGUGACCAGCUGAAACUUAGAGCGGAAAAUCCUGUGCUGAAAACGUGACUACUUCGAAAAUAAGAUUGUGCCCGGUAAACUAUGUCAAGCCAACAGAAGCACCGGAUCCAGGUUCCGGACGGAUUACGCGACGUGCUACUCGAAUUCUCGAUAGCGUACCUGCUCGAGCAGCCCGGCGAUGUGAUCGACUACGCCGUCGAGUUCUUCUCGAAGCUGCAGGAAAACCGAAAGACCACCAUGAUCACAGCGGCCGAGCCGAUCUCACCCGACGAGAGCAUCAUGUCACACGAGGAAGGUGAGUGAAGCAAA